AUGAUUGCUAGCAAUAGCAAUGAUAACGCAAAUAAUAAAAAUAUCGCCGCCGGUAUAAUUGAUAUCGUAAAUUGUGAUGAAGAUGAUAUCAGAAAUUCUGAUUUAAAAUUAAAUAGCCCAGUGGAUAGUACAUUAUCAUAUCCUUUCAGUCAUAAAAGUAGUGAAGAACCGGAUAUCGAAGAUAAUAAUAAUCAUAGUCCAAUACAUCCCGGUACUGCUGAUAGUAUUGAUUCAUUAAAUAGUUCUGAUAAUCAUCGUAAUUUUUAUGAACAACAUCUUAAUCAUCAUCAUCAACAACAACAGCAACAGCAACAACCGUUACAACAUCAACAAAUUUUACAACAUAGUUUACAUUCACAACAUCACCUUCAACAUCAUCAAUUAAAUAAUUCACCAAUUGGUUCUUCAUCAACAUCAACAUCACAAUCAUCGUUUACCGUCGGUAGUUUAACAAAUAAAAUUUUACAACACCAACAACAACAACAUCAUCAGGCACAUUUGCAACAUAAUUCACACGAUAUGUUAGAUCAUAAAUUACCAUUAAGUUUUUUAGGACCACCAUUAGCUGCGUUACAUUCAAUGACUGAAAUGAAAGCAGCACAUCAAAAUCAUCAUCAUCUGCAACAGCAUCAUCAUCAUCAUCAGCAGCAACAACAACAUCAGAAUGGAUUAAUAACAAGUGGUGGAAAUAAUAAUAAUAAUAACAAUAAUAAUAAUCAUAGUAAUAAUAAUAAUAAUGGUGGUUCAAUUAAUUUACAUAAUAGUAAUAAUAAUAACAAUAAUAAUGGUAUAACGUCAUCGUCAUCAUCAUCGCCGGGGCAUACACAACAAAAUUCUCAUAUUACAGCUAAUCCACAUGGUAUUGAUACAAUAUUGUCAAGGCCGCCACCUGUAACAUCAGCCGGAUUAAGUGCAUUAGCAGCAGGUGGUAUGCCACGUUUUUCAAUUGCAGCUGCAGCAGCUGGUAUGGCACAAUAUUUAUCACAAAAUCAAGGUGGCCCAAUAAAAACACAUACCGGUCAUAUUGUUGAAAGGCCACAUUUAUAUUGGCCCGGUUUACAAGGAUUAGUUGCAAAUCCAAUUGCAUGGAGAGAAAGAUUAACAAAUACAUUGUCAGCUAAUUUAUCACAAUCUCAUCAUCAUAAUUCUGAUAAAGAUGGUAAAAAAAAGCAUACGAGACCAACAUUUAGUGGACAGCAAAUUUUUGCAUUAGAAAAAACAUUUGAACAAACCAAAUAUCUGGCUGGUCCAGAACGUGCUAAAUUAGCAUACGCCUUAGGAAUGACAGAAUCUCAAGUAAAGGUGUGGUUCCAAAAUCGUAGAACAAAAUGGCGAAAAAAACAUGCUGCUGAAAUGGCAACAGCUAAAAGAAAACAAGAAGAACUUGGCGAUAAUGAUGGUGAUUGUAGUGAACCAAUAGAUAGUGAUUCAGAAAGUUUAGAUUUAGGCGAUCCGGGCCGAAAACGUUGCAGACUAGAAGAUGAUUUUCGGCAAUAAAUUUAAUAUUAUUUAAUAAAAUAUAAAAUAUAAAGUUUCUGUAAAAUAAAAAAUUAAACAA